UUUUAUUCAACAGCUAAUUGUGCUGAGCUUUAUAUUGAUGGUAAUACAACCAGCGGUGUCUAUGCGAUUGAUCCUGAUGGUUUAGGUAUCUUUGAUGUGUACUGUAACCAGAGCACGGCCGGUGGAGGAUGGACAGUGAUCCAGAGGAGAGUGGACGGAUCUGUCGAUUUUAAUCGUACUUGGUGCGACUACAAGCAUGGCUUUGGUAACAAGAAUGGUGAAUAUUGGUUGGGUCUGGACAAGAUAAACCGGCUCACUUGGAGAACAAAGAACAAGCUACGAGUAGAUCUGGACUUUGAACUAGAUCAGAAAAUUCAUCAUACUUACGCCGAGUAUGACUUGUUCGUAGUUGAAUCGGAAUUAAAAAAUUAUUCCUUGAUUAUUGGUGGGAUGUCUUCAGGUAAGUUAUUUGCUAGGUCAUAAUUACUAUGAUUAGUUUAAGAUGAAAAAACAAAUUAUUUAAUCAGCUAGAUGUUUUACAUCGAAAAUUACCCUUACUAAAUUUUGAACGGUAUGUUACGCCUUAAGAAUAAGACAACCUUUCGAUGCAGUCUUGCACUUCGAUCAUCGGAGGGACUUCAAAAUAUAAUUUUUUGUGGUAUGUCAUAAUUAUUUUGAUUCGUGGACUGAACGUCUAAAGUAACAAAUACAUAAAUCAGCUGGACUUUGAGGCGAGGAGAUAUCCAUAGGUUGAAAGUGAUCUGACAGUCGAUUUGAUGAUUAAGAUGAAGUUGAUAGGUAUGAUGUUGAUAAGUUAUAUUCAGCGAACACGGACACUAGAAUUUAGCCUUAAUUGCUCAUACGUACGUAGGGGACUGAUGAAUGCGCAAUUCACAACCUGCCUUUAGAUAGACAGCCGAUGUUCGAUGGUUUUUAUUGGAUGUUCACUUAGCAAAAGUUUUCCUGAAGCCCCUGCAUGUCGCAUUAAAAAAGCCAAUGCGGAUCAUCAUGUAGACCCUCAAGGAUAUACGACUAUGUGAGACUUAAGAUUAAAAAAAAUAAUAAUAAAAUAGUUGAAGACUCACCCAUUACGACAGGCCUAUGCCAAUUGUUUAUAUAAUUUAUUGUAUUUUAGUAUUUAGAGAAAGAACCUAUAAUUAUUACGCUAUUGAUGACAUUGUAAAUUCUGUCCCAGGUUUUAUCAUUUUAUUUUAUAUGCAAACUCUGUUUGAGAAAAGCGUUCUAUAAACGAUUAUAAUAACACUAAAUUACUUUAAUCAUAUACUUGUUCUUUCUCUCUCUCUCUAAAGGAAAUGUCAACGAUUCUUUUAGUAGCAAUAACCACGUCCAAUUUUCAACAAUAGAUAAAGACGACACAAACUGUACUAAAAUACUUGGCGCUUGGUGGUUUCCGAAGACUUGUGGUUACUCGAACCUCAACGGUAAUUACAGCCCAGCUGGUAUGAGAUGGUCUAAAGGGAGUGAAGUCCCAGAUACGCCCAUCAUCAAAUCUGAAAUGAAGAUCAAGCCGGAUUGCCCAGAAGAAUAA